UUGAUUAUACAUUUUACUUUCAGAAGGCGCAGCUCGGUUACUGUUGCGAAAUCCAGUUUUCAAGCGAUCCUUGAAGAACGACUAAAGAAACUUCAUGGUAUCUGGAAUGAGGUCGGUCUGGACCAGGAGCAGCGUCGAAAUAGAAUGAGCACGGCCAUCGCUUAUCUCGAAAAGCUUCUGGACCAGAUGCUAACGGAGGAAGGCGAGAUGUUGGAAACGCUGAAGCCUAACGACGAUAAACCUUUGAUCAGCCUUAUGUACGACUUGCAGACGCAGUUGCAGUCGUUGCAGGACGAGAAGGAGAAACGGAUCAUUCAACACCAAUGUCUCGUCGAGCGAGAGAUCGAGUUAUGUAGCAAGCUUGGCAGACAACCGACAGCCACUGACCUGCAGUCGCCAUUGAAGCAAAAUAAUCUGACCCAGUUGUCGGAUAAAAUUGCAGCUCUGCAAAAGCUACACGUAUAUUGGCUGAGAUUUUUCGAAUUCAUCUUCUUUAUAAAGCAGAUCUUAGGAUGA